AUGAUGUAUCCUAAUCAAAUUGAAUCCAAUAGAAGAAACUCUAGAGACGGCAUAGUAAAUCAACGAAGAAAUAUUAACGUUCAAUCAAAUCCAAAGGAUAAUCAUGGUGGUAUGGAGGUACAAAAUUCUUAUACAUCGAUGGAACCAGUGACGCAUGGUCAACUGAUAGAAAUUCUGGCUCAAAAUUCUAAUUAUCAAAUGCAACAAUGGCAAUCAGGUCAAUACCCUCAAUUAGUUCAGAAUCAUCAACAACAACCUAUUUAUGAACAGCAACCGUUGUACCAGGCAAUCCCAAGUCAAAACCAAGCACAUUCAGCUUUACAACAAAGAAGUCCAAGGUUGUUCGAUGACAAUCAAAGUAAAAAAUCUAAGACCAGUCAUAAUUUAAAUUUGAAUGAAUUUAAUACUGUUGAAAGUCAAAUGUACCAAAAUCAAAAUCAUGCACUGCAACACGCAAAUCAAAAUACUCAACAGUAUGCUCAGCAACAGGGUCAAAAUGUGAGUCAAUAUGAAGAGCAAAUGCAUCAUAACGUUCAACAAGGAAUAAAUUGGAAUCUUUUAAAAUAUGCUAUUUCACAUGAUUUGCCUCCGUUCGUAAUUAAAUUUGAAGAUGAAGAAAAAUUAAGUCGAGAUAGGUUGCCUGGAGCUAUGCAUGUUAAAUCAUUCAUUCAAAAAGACCUAUGGAAAGCUGGGGUUAAAUUUCAAGGAUUCUCAUUAAUCAGACCAGUAAACAAACGAUUUAAAUUGUAUGUUAACAACAGAGAGGACUAUCAUAAAUUAUUAAUCUCAGAUAAGUGGCCUGGGGAAUGUUGUGGUAAGACGAUUACAGUUUUAAAACCUCAGUUCGUACCAAGCCAGUUUUCGGUAGUACUUCGUAAUGUCCCUCAAUCGAUUU